AUGCGCCGUGUUUUCCCGCGUGUGGCGAGCCUGUGUGCGAUGCAGCAGAGGCGUGACCUGCACUUUCCCAUCACGCCUCCUCCUAUUGAGAUUGACUACUUGGAUGAGGACCCACUGGAGUUUGCGGUGCGUACGGAGGCUCGGAAGUGGGGCUUCGACGACAUGGGCUACAUGCGCGAGCUUGCGUUUGUGCGGAUUAACAACAACCCGACGGUGGGGCAGUUUCGCACCAUGACCCCAGACGAGCGCCGAAACCUCUUCUGGGGUAGUGACAGGCAGGACUUCUUCCGGCACCUCACCUACACGCUCACCGGCGCCCCAGAGCACCUCUACCACCGUGGAUGGUAG